UAAAAAUAUGAGAAAGCAGAAAAUAAUAUUUUAGACUUUGCUAAGCAGUGAAUUGUUUUAUUUUUAGAACAGGCCUAAAGGCAUCAUGCUAAGGGCUUGGUGCCCAUGGGCAUCAGGUUGGUGACCCCUGGUCUAUCAUAACACCCACAUUUGUAACAGCAUACAAAUAAUCAACCUAUAUUAUAUAAGAGUUUUACAUUCUGAAAUUGGUAACUAAAAAUUUCGCCCUUUUUCAUCGACAUUCAAGUUUUUUGUAAAUGUAUAGAUUCUAUCAGACUGGACAAUGGGUCUCUGGCUCUGCUCAUGUUUUAGCAUAGCAUAUUUAUUUUUUUAAAAGACGUCAGAGCUGAACCAAUCAGGGAGGGUGGUUUGCUUUAAGAUGGAGCAAUAAAAAAUAUUAUGGAAGAUCAAUCUAAAAUCAAACAACCAACACCAGCUCAUCUGAUGUUAACCAGUCGGAACACAGUGCCAGAAGGUUUUGUUCCCUCUGUGUUCAACCACUGCAGUUAAAUUUGUUUCAGUUCAGUUUCAUUCAAGUCAUUCACUGAUUCAGUUUGAUCAUCAGUGGUUUACUAGUUAAUUUAGAUUCAGUUGUGCCCGAUUAUUAUACAUUUAAUUGGUUUUGAAUAGGUUUACUUUGAUUCAGUUUAUAAAAAUUCACUCACUUCUCUUCUAAACUACUUAAUUCUAACUAAUGUCAUGGGUAGCUGGUUUCUGUCUCCAGCAGUCAUCAGGUGAGGGGUGGGGGACAACCUGGAUAGGUUGCCAUGGACCAGGACACACAACCAAACAACAGACAAACAACCACUCACACCUAGAAACAAUUUAGAGCCUCAAAUGAACUUAACAUGCAUAUUUUUAUUUGGUGGAAAGAAACUGGAGUACAUGCUAACUCCAUGCAGAAAGCCCACCAACAACGUUUCUGCAAGGCAACGGUGCUACCUGCUGCACCGCCAUGCAGCCUUGAUAUAAAUUCAGUUGAUUUUAAAUAUGUUUGUUUUGCUUCACUCAGUUUAGUUUGAGUAGUUGACUAUGAUGGUUAGUUUUUUUGGUGAGUAAAAUCUGGUUCUGUUUUCAAUUUGAAAAAGUUUCUAUUUUUACCAAAUAAUUAAAAUCACUCAGCAAAGAGCUGCUAGUUCAUUCUGAACUUGAUCAGACUUGUGUUACUGUUGCACCAGCGUGUUUUCCUGCAGGUGUGUUACUGACAGUGACCCAUGAUUGGUUGUUCAAAGAGUAGAAAACUCACUCACUCACUUACUCACUCACUCACUCACUCACUCACUCACUCACUCACUCACUCACUCACUCACUCACUCACUCACUCACUGAACUGCUUAUUCCUACAGCGGUUAUUGAGUAAGCCGUGGGGGACACCCUGGUGAGGUCUCCAGUGCAUUUCAGCGAGAGACAGCCAGUCACAAACUCACCAGUCCACCACCAGGACACACAAUCCAAAAACAAACAACCACUCACACCCAGGGACAGUUUAGUUUCUGAUCAGUCUACCAUGCAUGUUUUUGGUCUGUAGGAGGAAACCAGAGUACCCUGAAAACCCACACAUGCAUGCAUCUAAAACAAGGAAUGGUGAAACUUAAACUAAAAUCAGAACUGUUGUUUGUUUAAUGGAUCAGUUUUUAUGGCCUUUGACCUGGACCUGUGGAUUCAGUCAAUUGUGCUGAGUGUAAUGGAUUGUGUUGUUUCUGGGUGUCCACAGUGAAGCAGACAUGUCAGAACUACCCAAUCUGCCAUAUUCUUACUUGAGUUCUUCAUUUGUUUGGUUUGGUUUAUUUAGCUUAUUCUAAAAUCUGGUCCUGAACCUCCUGUGAGUUCUGUUUCUGGCAGCAUUAAGGUUUAAUCUGCUUAGGUGGCAGAGUUUGGAUCCAAAGUCUUUGGGCGCAGGUGUGAGUGACAUGCUAUAAGCCGCUGUCAGGAGAUUCUGCCUGCAGCUUCUCAGCAACUGAUGAAGGAUUUAUGACUGCAUUUUUCUCUGGGUGAGUGUCAGCAGGUUUGAGUCUAACUGGGUCAGGGUGGAGCUCUGAUAGCUGCAGGUCCAAUUCUUCUGUCAUCCACACUUUGAUUUGGAUUUAAUGAAGAAAUCCUCAAAUCCUAUUUAUGACACACAAGCAGGAGUUCUGGUUCUGAUUCAGACACAUGGCUAUAGUUCUGGUCAAGGCUCCGGAUCGUAGCUCUAGGUCAGGCUGGGUCAGACACAUUUGUCUGGGAUGUGCACCAAGCAGAACACAGCAGUAAAAAACAACCUAAAAAUCUAAAACCAGAAUUAUUGAGGAGAACCAUAACUCAGAACCAAAACAUCCCAAUUAUGGAAAUAUUAUGUUAUGGCCACCAGCCUGGCCUCUUCAGGUGCAGGAGCCAGGAUCACCCAGCCCUGGUGAUGAGCCAGACACCGCCCCUCCUCCUCCUCUCUUCCAGGCUGCUGAGGAGCACAGCUGAGCUGAAUCCUUCUGAUGACCCACACCUGGGAUAAAAAGGCUGUGCCUUCAGCAGUCUGGGAGUCAGCAGUGCAGGGGUUCUGCUGUGCUCCAGGCCUUGUUUGGGUUUAAACCUACUUCAUUUUGAUGAGUUUUAACUCUGAGUGAUCCAAAAGGAUAUUUGUUCAUGUCAAGUUUGUUGACUCAGUUAGACUUUUAUCAACUUUGUUGUGUUUUAACACACCUUCAGUGUUGGUGAAACUUUGAACAAAGUUUUAACCAGGUGUUUUAAUUGGUAAGUUGUUUUUUAACUGUUAACCUUUUAGAGAAGUUUUUGUUUAGUAUUAUUUUAAUAAUGCUCUUCAUCUGUUUGCACUUGUUUUAAAACCUAUGGCAAUUAAACCCAUUUUAAAUCCACUUUCAUGUUUUUGAUGUUACCCCCUCCUUCACACUUUAACAGCACAUGUCGGGGUUGUAACAAAGACCCAUAAAAAUGAUUGUAAACCUGGUGUCAAGACACGGCCCAAUUUGAGACCAGAAACCACAAAACCUCCAAGUCCAAUUUCAAAUUACAAUAAAAGUUCAUAUAAAUCUGACAAGAUUCAAACAAAACCGGGUCAAGACCUGACAGGACUUCAUCUGAAUCAAUUUAAAUUCAUCUGAUUCUACUUUUAGUUGAUUAUUUGCAUCUCUGGGUCACAUUUGGUUUGGAAGUUAAUGACCUCAUAAUCAUUUUUAAUCUAUUAAAUUUCCAGUGAAAUCCCCUAAAUCUCCACAUCAACCCAGAUUAACCUGCGGGACCAGGUCUGAAAUCACUUAAAAUAAAUGUGAGUUACACAUCUUCUGUAAGUCUGUUGUGGAGAGUUCAGUCUGUUCUGUCGUGGCAGCAGCAUCACAAACCUUCUUUUUAAAAUCUGAACAAGCUGAUGAAGAGGGCUGGUUUUGUUCAGGGGAUGGACUUUGAGCCUCUAGAGCUGAUUGGACAAAGGAGGAGGCUUCAUAAAAUGAAGAACGUAAUGACCUGAUCAUCCUUUUUUCAAGACAACAGUGUAUCUAGUCUGAGGCUUCUUCAAGUGUGAGUGGGCACCAAGCCCCCACAAUGCCGCUCUAAAAAUGGUCCCAUCCCGGAAGUAAGAAAAUUGCAGUUCCACCCUCAUCCGCUGGGGGCUGGUGCCAGAAGCGAGCAAAUCCUCAUUGACUCCCAUGUUAAAAAUGCCGAUUUCACAGCAGAAAUAAACAUGUUUACAGCCUGGUACCAAAACAUGUUUUUUGUCUAAAUUAUCUAGUUUAUACUCAUGACAACUCUGAGGGGGGUGAAUUUUUUUCUCACUCUUCUGUUUAAGUAUAUUGAAAGCCUAAAAUUCUGUAUAAUUAAUGAGCAUCCGACACACGUGACCGCCGCCUCAGACCCACGUGACCACAGAGCUAGCUCCGUGGAAAGGCCUCAGUAGAGCCUCGGUCUGGCCUGGAAACUGCUCCGGCAUUUUGAGUCUCUGUGUUUGUGUAUUCUUCUUUGGAUAUUAUUGGUGCAAUUGUUGGACAAAAUGACUUGCUGUGGUAUUAAUUGCACUAAUAGAGCGUCCAAGGAGUCUCCACUUCAUUUUUUUCGGGAAGGACCUGAUUGGUGUCCAGAACCUGCUGAAGAAGCACCAGGCUCUGCAGGCUGAGAUCACAGGUCAUGAACCUCGCAUCAAGGCUGUCACCCAGAAAGGAGAGACCAUAAUGGAGGAAGCAACAAGUGGCUCCAACUGAUGAUGAGACCGGGAAGGAGCUGGUUCUGGCUCUGUACGACUACAAGGAGAAGAGUCCUCGAGAGGUCACCAUGGAGAAGGGCGACAUCCUCACGCUGAUCAACAGCACCAACAAGGUUGUUUUACUUGAACUCGCGUCUUUAGCUGAAUGAGGAUGGAGAGACGGGUCGGACCUGGAGCAGGUCGAGGUCUUGCAGAAGAAGUUUGACGACUUCCAGAAGGACCUGAAGGCCAACGAGUCCCGCCUGAUGGACAUCAACAAGGUGGCAUCUGAACUGGAGUCAGAAGGUCUGAUGGCUGAGGAGGCUCCUAUGGUUCAGGCUCAGCAACAAGAACAUCUGGGUUCUGCUCCUGGAAAGACCGUACGGUUGGGCGUUCAGACGACGGCUAACUUUAAUUCCAUCAAGGAGCUGAACAACCGCUGGCGCUCGCUGCAACAGCUGGCUGAAGACCGGAGCAACAUGCUGGGCAGCGCCCAUGAGGUGCAGCGCCUCCACAGAGACGCUGAUGAGACCAAAGAGUGGAUCGAGGAGAAGAACCAGGCCCUGAACACAGACAACUACGGCCACGACCUGGCCAGCGUUCAGGCUUUGCAGCGUGAACAUGAAGGCUUUGAGCGUGACCUGGCAGCUCUGGGUGAUAAGGUCCGCUUCCUUAUCGGUACCAGGACCCGAGUUGUCCCUGGAGACACGUUCUUCAUGGUUCUGGUGACUCCACCCCAGCCGUUCCUGAUCAGCAAUCAGCGGGGUGCUUUCCUAUUUAAGGUGGAUGGAUGACACAAUUUGACGCCAGAAGAUUGCCUCAGUUUUGGAUUCCUGUCGACCUCAUUGGAUACUGACCUCUACUCCAGGAUUUGGAUAUUCAACACACGGACCUUAUCACCACCCUCCAUAACCCACCUCUCAUCUCACCCAGUGCCCCAUCCACCAGGACGCCCCGCUUCUCUCCACCUCUGCUCCCUCUCCUGCGCUUCCCCCGGCUCUCUACCUCUCCCUCCUCCAGCCAACACAUACACCCACCACAACGCUGAGCUGUUGUUGCAGUUCCAACCACAGACUUAUCUGUGCACCUUAAGUUCCUCCUUAUAAAUAAAUCAUUUUUUCCAUCA